AUGAGGUACCCUGUUGUAUUAUUGGCAGCAGCCUUGCUGCUGGUCGCGUUUGCAGACGCACACUCAUUCUUGAGUUGUGUAAACUAUGACUAUGCCCAGUCAACUUGUAAGGCGUAUCCAAGAAAUUGGAAGUACCAGGAGGUGCAAGGAGACCGCUACCUCUACCAGUUGGGCAAGUUCACCAAGCCCGGCCCCACCAACUUGGGCGUUGCCUGUGGUCCAGCUCAAUCGAGAGCAUCCAAUAUCUACAGCCAAUACUCGGAGAAGUAUCCAAUGGGACAGUUUUACCCAGGCCAGAAGCUGUGCUCGCAGUGGCCUGCCAGAAACCAUGCCACCCAACCACGUGCCGGAAACGUCAGCUUCUACUUGGGCAACAAGAAGAAUGCCAACAAUGAUGUCGACGACAACCAGUCAACAUUCUUUGCACAUCCAAUUGCCGCCAGACCAUUCGGUAACUGCACCAACUAUAACCAAAACACAAACAACGCCACGUGUACCGCUUGCUACGAGAUACCUGCCAAUGUUGAGAACGGACUAUACACUCUCCAGUGGUUCUGGGAGUUUAACCCAGGCGAGUACUACAUGACCUGUGCUGAUAUCCUCGUCGACAAGAGAUUCCAAGCAUCACAGCCAUUGCCACAGUGGCAAACACAACAACAACCAUGGCAGCAGCAGCAGCAGAGGAAUGGAUUCGCCACUCGUCCACACAUCCCCCAGGAGUUGAUUAACUACGACCCAUACCGCGCCCAGUACAGCAACCCAUACAACCCAGACUACAUCGUCGACAACAAUCCAUUCCAAGUGCCAUCGAUCCACAAUCAACACCGUGAGCGUGAGCAGACUGGCUAUGACAAUGAGGUCGAGACCAUCAGCACGCCAUCUGGUGACCUCGUCCUCAUCUCUGACGGCCAGUUCAACGAGAGGGUUGUUCAAGAUGCUUCAUGGGGUCCACAUGGCGUCACUACAAGACUGAGCGCAACCUCCUUGCAAGCCAAACAGACAUGGAUCGAGUUCAUUCCAACUAAUGACCGUGCCUUCUACGUCCGUUGUCAGACUGGUGCCUGCAUCACAUGCAAGGAAUAUGGCACUCUGCACUUCUAUGUACGUGGACCAAUGGGUGUGCUGGAUGACAUGACUGUCAAGUUGGUGCAGAUGGACAAUGAGGUGAGCGAGUUCAAGUUGACAGCGACCUCCCAAUCACUUGCCGAACUGAAUGAUGACUCGUUCAACCACUUCGCCAUCGAUCUUCCAUACGGAAGAGAGUACAAGGGUUUGGUCAUGUCGGGUGUGUCCACCAACACAGCCGACCGCGUCUACAUUAGCAAGGUGAUACUUGGUCGUAGACUUGCCGCUGCACAUGCUGCUGGACUUAUCUAA